GGUGUGUAUUCCUUCGACUAGUGUGUAGCAAUCGUAGUUAAUCUAAAUGUGCAGAUUGCGGAACUAGCGCUAACACGUUCACAAAGCUUCUAGGCACCCUUUAUUUAGUUAUCGGAUUUGUUUGUUUUGACUUGCGUAUAGUAUUACUUGCUUAUUUUCGAAAGCAUGGGUCGCGUUAGGACGAAGACCGUCAAAAAGGCGUCUCGCCUGAUCAUCGAGAAAUACUACACAAAACUCACCCUCGACUUCCACACAAACAAGCGAAUCUGCGAGGAGAUCGCCCAAAUUCCCAGCAAGAAGUUAAAAAACAAGAUUGCUGGGUUUGUGACUCAUCUGAUGAAGCGCAUCCAGCGUGGACCAGUGCGGGGCAUCUCCAUCAAGCUGCAGGAAGAAGAGAGAGAACGGAGGGACAACUACGUGCCCGAGGUGUCUGCCCUGGAGCAGGACGUCAUUGAGGUGGACGGUGACACCAUGGAGAUGAUGAAAGCACUGGACAUGGCUGGCAUCUCUGGCCUUCAGACAACACCUCUGGGACCUUUCCGUGGUGGACAGCGCAACUGAGCUCUUUCCGAGAAUAAAUAUGUAAAAAGAAGCAAA